CGGGACGGGACGGGACGGGACGGGACGCGACGCGACGCGCACGAACAGUGGGGAGCGGUCCCAGGCACGCUCGGUGGCAGCACCCCCGUGCCCAGCCCGCCCCGCACCUGCCGUCCCGUAUGCGCGGCGCCCAGCGCGGCGCUGCCGCGGAGCAGCUCUAGGCAAAGGCGAGCCCCCGCCGCCUGCCUGAGGGGUUCGCUGCGGGGCCAUGGGGGUGGCAGGCACCGAGCUGCCCGGCGGCAACGUGAGCACGAACCAGAGCGCCGCAGACCCCACGCUGUCGCGGGACGUGUGGAUGGUGGGCAUGGGGAUCCUCAUGUCGGUGAUCGUGCUGGCCAUCGUCUUCGGGAACGUGCUGGUGAUCACCGCCAUCGCCCGGUUCCAGCGCUUGCAGACUGUCACCAACUACUUCAUCACCUCGCUGGCUUGCGCCGACCUGGUGAUGGGGCUGGCCGUGGUGCCCUUCGGCGCCUGCCACAUCAUCAUGGAGAUGUGGAAGUUUGGGAACUUCUGGUGUGAGUUCUGGACCUCCUUGGACGUUCUCUGUGUCACAGCCAGCAUUGAGACUCUCUGUGUCAUUGCCGUGGACCGGUACUUUGCCAUCACCUCCCCUUUCAAGUACCAGAGCCUGCUGACCAAGAGCAAGGCACGUGUGGUCAUCCUUGUGGUGUGGGUGGUCUCUGCCCUCACCUCCUUCUUGCCCAUACAAAUGCAUUGGUACCGGGCAGACCGUGACGAGGCCAUCCUGUGCUACGAGAAGGACACGUGUUGUGACUUCUUCACCAACCAAGCCUAUGCCAUUGCCUCCUCCAUCAUCUCCUUCUACCUGCCGCUCGUGGUCAUGGUAUUCGUGUACGCCAGAGUCUUCCAGGUGGCCAAGAAGCAGUUGCAGAAGAUAGACAGGAGCGAGGGAAGGUUUCACACCCAGAACAAGGAGCAGGAGCAGAAAGGGGGAGCUGGGCACCGCCGUUCCUCCAAGUUCUUCUUGAAGGAGCACAAGGCCCUCAAGACCCUGGGCAUCAUCAUGGGCACCUUCACUCUGUGCUGGCUGCCCUUCUUCAUCGUCAACAUCGUGCACGUCAUCCAGGACGAUAUCAUACCCAAGUACGUGUAUAUCCUCUUGAACUGGUUGGGUUAUGUCAACUCUGCCUUCAACCCUCUGAUCUACUGCCGGAGCCCGGACUUCAGGUAUGCCUUCCAGGAGCUCCUGUGCCUCCGCAGAUCCGCCCUGAAGAUGUAUGCCAACGGCUACUCCAACAGCAACGGCAAGAGCGACUACAACGAGGAGGACAACGGCUACCCCUUGACAUCGGAUAAAACCUGCGAGCUGCUGUGCGAGGAGGGCUCCUUCCCGCACCCCGAGGAGUUUUUGCACUGCAAAGAGAUCCCUGGGUGUCCAGGCAUGGUCGAGAGCUGAAUGGGCUGACCUCUCUUCCUCACCACCCUGAGCUCAUGAGGGCUCUGAAUGAAGAGAUUGAGUGGGAUCAUGACCUUGCUUCUCUGAGCCUAGGGAUGCUGCGGGAAGUGGUUGCCUUGGCAAAUGUCUUCAUCCCAACCCAUAGCCCAUUGUGCAUCACCUGAAGGAGAAGCUGAUGAAGGAUAACCAGAGGACCAGGAAAGGCUCUACUAGCCUCAGAGGACACAGAUGGGGGACCGGCACUAAGAGAGGCACUUUGCAGGAGCCACUGCAUGUGAAACAAGCUCUGCAAAGAAGCUACAGGAGCCCUGUGAACUGAUGGAGGGGAAUGUCCAAAUCACCACAAAAGGUGCAGAGGGCUUUCCCUGGCACAGCAUCCUUGGAAAGCACUGUCAAAAGGGAAAGGGGUGUCAGGACCACAUGGCUGUCUUCAGUGUCUGGUUUGGAAGAGGCACAGCAAGGUGAGGAGACAGCAGGAUGCGCUCUCAUUGCUGGCUGAGGCUCCAGCCGGAACAGGAAUCUGACCAAGACUGAGAGAGAAGGAGCAUGGAAGAUUGCUUUGAUUCAUUCUGUGCUUGUUUCUUCUGGUGUCCUCUCUGUCUACCUCUUUUUCUCUCUAGGCCUAUGUGUACUGCAUGUGGGGCCCAGACCCUCACAAACAAGAAGUAUUAGCACAGGGCAAAUCUGUGCUGCCCAGUUCAGUGCUGUUGCUAGAUGGGGCUGACUUUGUACAGUGCAGAUGUAACGUGGCCUUCGUUUGCUCCUCAUGCCAUCAAAUCUGCAACUGUAAUGCCUGGACUUCAGACUGGAGAAAGGCUUGAACCUGGCAAUCUUUUUACUUGCAAGCAGUCACAUGCUAGCAUGGCCACCACACUUGGGAACCAAGUUUUAACACAGGAGCCCCAAAACAUUAUAGAGCAUCCGUCCCUCUCCUGUAGGUGUGGACAUGAGCAUACUAGCAGGCUGCACACUCAUCUGCUGUUAAAGCUCAUUCAGCAGAGAAAGAAACAGACAGAGUGAUGGGGGCUCAGGCAGAAAGUAGGAAAAACUGAUCCAAACCCAUAGGAAAAUGUGCACCUCCUAACGCAGCUGUAAGCCCAGCUGGGUGGCUGCAGGUCUCUGUUCACCGAGCUGCUCCCAGAGGCCUGGGCAAAACUUCCUGGUACCGAACUGUGCCGGGAGCCCCAUCUCAGACCUUGUCCCCGGGGCUUCCAGCUGCACACCCCUUCCCUCACGUGCAAUCCUAUUUAUUUAUUUAUUUUCUUGCUGUUCGAUGCAAAGCUGCUAACGGAGCGCCCUCCCCACCGACAUCCGCAGCUGAGAGGGGAUGGAGAGAGGGAGUGUGUGCUCUGUGUGUGUGAUGGGAGCGGGCAAAGGGACGGGUGCAUGCCUUGGCCGGGCACACGGGGUGUGCACAUGAGGCAGGAGGAGAAGGCUGCAGUUAACCAGAAAUGCUUUCCCUGGGUAAAUGUGUGAUUUUGAUCUUUCAGGGAUUGCAGACAGGCUGGGGAAACCUUGGCUGGAAGGACAGAAAAGCAGCAUGAGCUGCGCUGUGCUCCUCUAGCCAGAUUUGCUCCAUGCAGCUGUGUGUGUAGGGUAUGUGUCUCUGUGCAUGUUUCCUGGCUGGAUCCUGUCCUUCCAGUGCUCGGAGCUGUAGUGAAGCAUGUCCACAUCCACUUUGUGGGCACCCUGGCUUUGGACACUUGCAGGGAGCUGUAUCACCAUCCAAGGAGGUUGCCACCAGUGUGCUCACAGGGGUUUAAUACCUGGCAGCCUUUUCUGUUCUGUCCAAAAGAGAUAACCGUGUACAGACUCACGUAACACAGCCAGUCUGAAAUCAGGGGCAGGAGCCUCUCUAGACAAUGCUGUAGCUGUAAUGGUUCAUGCUCAGCAGGGGGGUUGGAAAUAGAUGAUCUUAAAGUCCUUACCAACCAAAACCAGUCUGUGAUUCUCUGAUUCCAUGGCUGUUCUUACCCAUUUUGCUAAAAGGCUGGCACACCAGCAGCAUCCAGGUAUUCCAUUUUGUGGAAAGCCUGUGUGUCCAGUGCAGAGGGGAACCAUUUCUCUGGGAGAAGGGUCUCUCUGGUGCCCUGCUGCUCUCCCACAGCUCCCAUGCUUAGGAGGGAGCCAUGGUUCCCAGAUGUCCCUGGCAGGGCUCCUGACUGCUCCAGGGGAGCCUGACAUCUCCCAUACCCUUCCCUCUGAGAUGCCCCACCAAGGCUUUGUCCAGACCUGUCUGGCUGCUGAAUGGAAAUAUUUCCCAAUCAAAACCUGCUCUUCAGAAGAUUCCUGGCUGCCUCUAGUCACUUAUUAUGUACUGGAAACACUGCCCUUGGGACUCGUUUUCAGGUUAGAGACAUGCAUGGGAUCGUUGUAGUUCUUUUUCUCCCAAAUCCUCUCAUGUGCAAGAGCAGGUUGCAGUAAGUGAAAUGGAUACGCUUGCUCUGAUAAUCUGCCAGCAUGGCCCAAAAACAGUGACCUGCUUAUUGCUGAUUGCUUCCUUGCAGAGUUGUAAGAGUUGGAGAUAGAAGAGGCAUAUUACAAAUCCAUCUGCCUAUGGCCCUUCAGGCCUGUUCUAUGUGUUACGUUUACUGGUGGUGUGCUGGGUCUAUUUUUAAAUGCCCUGACACCAGGGUUAUUGUGCUGUCCUUUGGGAGAUUGCUCUGUAGUCCAAGUCAGAAGCUGCUAUUAGUAUUCCACCUGCAUUUCCUCUUGAAACUUCAUUCCGUUAUUCCUAGUGAUGCUCUUCAAAUACCUGCUGCUCAUUAUGUCCCAGCCAGGCUCCACCACUCAACCCGUACUCCUCUUUCCUCCUCCCAAGAACUUCUCUGUAUCCCUGAUCGCUGCUGCUCGCUGUCCUUCCCAUAGUUUGGCACACAAUGAGCCUGUUGAUUCAGCCGUGCAGAGAUUUACCAGGGAUCCGACUGACCAGGGAGCAGCCAGGAUCUCUGGCAAUGCCUGGUCUGCGGAGCUGCUCUUCCCUCACUGCACAUGGGAUGCAGGAAAGGGGCAGGCACAGAGACGUUUCUGAAAGCACUGGUAAUGAGCUCCUCCUACCCUGCGGGGAGUGAGUGCCUGCCAGGGACAGGACACAACAACGUCCCCAUCUCAGCAAAGCCCAAACUGGGCAAGGGAGGUGGGUGAUGCUGUAGUAUCACCUGUGCUGCUGUACAGGGAUGGGUGGGGGGCAGAGGUCUGUGCUGUGGCAGGGAGCUGUGGUUUGCCCUGCCUGAAAAUCAUACCCAUGAGUUGGAGCUGCAGCUCUGCAGAGAGGGAGCCCCAUGAGCAGCACGGGGGGCUCAUCGGGCUCAGCACAUGCUUGGGGAGUCUGUGUACAGCACUCGGCUGGAGCACCAUUGUGAUUGUAAGAGCUCUGUUCUUCUCACCGAACAAAUCGUUCCUACCAAUAAAGAAUGAAAAUUC